AUGUGGAACUCCUUGCCAGAAAAGCGCCGUUUUGUUGUUAUUUUUUCAUCCAUCACAAUCAUUGUACUUUUCGGCCUUGGGUCUGAGUACCGGUACUCAUAUCUUGAUCGUCAAACACUUUUUCCUGCAUUCGGAAAGUCAACUCUACCAUGGAUUGCUACUUCCAGUACUUUUUGGGCUACGUUCGCUCCACUAUUGGCAGCUGCUGCACCGCGAUGCUCACCCCCAGAGCUUAGUGGUAAAGCAUAUUCCAUGAAUAUCGGCAAAAGAAGAGCCGCGGAUCAUAUUGUCAUGGAAGAAAAGGAUAUUGAAAUCAUGCGACGUUCGCAUACUUGGUUCGUUGAUCAACUUAUGCAGAAUGCCCCGAAGUUGGAAUUUGAGGAUGGAACCCAGGGUAUUGUUACAUCUGCAGGAGGUGAUUAUUUCCCACCACUUCUCGUCAGUCUUCAAUUCCUUCGCCGCACCGGAUCUAAACUACCCGUCGAAGUCUUCCUUGCCUCACCGGAUGAAUACGAACCAUUGAUAUGCGAGACAAUUCUUCCUUCAUUAAACGCGAAAUGCCUGAUUCUCUCUGAUAUUAUCGAUCAACACGAGCUUCCAUUCUCUUUCACGGGAUACCAACUAAAAGCUUUUGCAAUAAUACUCCCAUCUUUUGAAUCAGUUCUUUUUCUCGAUGCAGAUAAUUUCCCAGUCUAUUCCCCCGACGAUCUAUUCACAUCCACACCUUUCACAUCAGAACAUCUUGUCCUGUGGCCAGAUUACUGGGCCCGACACCCUCGCCAACUCUUAGCACAUCGUACCGAGGCCUUGCUACUCGCAGCAUACUAUAAUGCCUACGGUGAUUAUUAUUACCACCUGAUGACUCAAGGAGGUGCAGGAGAAGGCGACAAAGAAACGUUCUCAACGGCUGCUCUCGUUCUUGGUAAUAGUUUCUACACCGUAUCUCAUUUGCCUCGUCCCUUUGGUUCAUGCGGGAAUGGUGCAGCAGCUCUGCAAGUUGACCCUAUGGAAGAUGUGGGCACAAGAGGAAAGGAAAUCCCAAGACCAUUUUUCAUCCAUGCAAGCUGGCCGCCAAAACUCAAUCCACUACACAAUUACCAAGGUUCGAGGCAAUGGGGUAGUGAAGAACACUCAUUAAGCAUAUUUAAUGGUUUAGAUGUUGAACGCACAGCCUGGGAAUACAUGGUACAAAUGGCAUGUGAUGAAAACAUUGUCUUUCAGAGCUGGGAGAAUAGAACAGAGAAAGCGGUUUGUGACCAGACCAGGGGAAGCUUCAAGAAUGUGUUUGGAGAGGAAUAUAACAAGUUGGGCGGGUGA